ACUCUUCCCUACACCACUACAUACCCUCACAAACGUGUUUGUCUGCACCCAAGACAUCUCUCAUCUCUUCUAGACGACAUUCCAUCUCCACACCCCCUCACUACACACUCGCGCAUCCGCUACCAUGCAGAUCUUCGUCAAGACCCUCACCGGCAAGACCAUCACCCUUGAGGUCGAGUCCUCGGACACCAUCGACAACGUCAAGUCGAAGAUCCAGGACAAGGAGGGCAUCCCUCCCGACCAACAGCGCCUGAUCUUCGCUGGCAAGCAGCUUGAGGAUGGCCGCACCCUGUCCGACUACAACAUCCAGAAGGAGUCGACCCUCCACCUUGUCCUCCGUCUCCGCGGUGGUAUGCAGAUCUUUGUCAAGACUCUGACCGGCAAGACCAUCACUCUUGAGGUGGAGUCUUCCGACACCAUUGACAACGUCAAGUCGAAGAUUCAGGACAAGGAGGGUAUUCCUCCCGACCAACAGCGUCUCAUCUUCGCUGGAAAGCAGCUUGAGGAUGGUCGUACUUUGUCCGACUACAACAUUCAAAAGGAGUCCACUCUUCACCUCGUUCUCCGCCUCCGUGGUGGUAUGCAAAUCUUCGUCAAGACGCUCACCGGUAAGACUAUCACAUUGGAAGUCGAAUCAUCCGACACGAUCGACAAUGUGAAGUCCAAGAUCCAAGACAAGGAGGGCAUUCCUCCCGAUCAACAGCGCCUGAUUUUCGCUGGCAAGCAGCUUGAGGACGGCCGCACCCUGUCUGACUACAACAUCCAGAAGGAGUCGACCCUGCAUUUGGUCCUCCGUCUGCGUGGUGGACAGUAGUGGGGUACUGGAUGAGAUAUCUUUGCAUGAUUUUGAAUGGCGUUCCGGAAUUCCCCUUGAUGAAUAGGGGAACAUGGGCAUACUUUAGGCUCGUUAUCGAGUAGACAUGAACUGCUCACAGCGCUGAUUGCGCUCAGAAUUGACAACUGUUCAAUCU